AUGGCGGUGGACGGGGGUUCCAUUUCGUCCUCCGCGCCGCCGAACCAUGGCAUGGCUCAGGGACCCGUCGAAGCUCGUUCGCUGUCGUCGAUUACGGGCAUCGCGUCGAAUCCUCCAUCAUACCCACGGAAUCCCACGCAGAAGAAGCUAGAUCCGUUGGAGUUGUAUAUCGUGAGGGUUCCGGGAAGUAAAGACGUGUUCCUUUCCCCUCUCAAGCCACCCACCAAAGAUAGCGUUUCCGCAGAGGCUAUCAAUGCCUCCCUUUAUUACCUGCAUGUCGCGACCCCGGAGGAUGAGGCCUUGCUACAUGAGGUGGAAGAGGAACGGGAAGAAGAGGCCAUUUUGCGCAGGGAGAUGUUUGGUGAUGAAGCAGAGUCCGGUCCAAUGCAGCAGGAGUUUGCGCGAUUGAAUAAUGUACGACGGAAGCCGGUUCCUGGUGGUGCUCCUACUGCUGGUACUAGUAACGCGGAUGCGAAUUCGAAUACUACCUCUUCUCCACCAUCUUUGCCCUCACAGGAGAAUAUUCCCCCAGCCGUCCCUGAGCAUCAGCUUCAAGUGUCGCCUCCCACUCCCUUCGCGGAGAGCGUGCCAGACACCGAACCUCCAAAAGAAGCAGGCCACCGAGUACAGUUUCUGGAACGGAAACCGACUAUAAAGCGGAAACCUACGAUACGGAGUCCUAUACCACAGCGACCACUUCCUACUAUUCCGAAUGAAGAGCCCUUGGAGACCACGGAGAACGGUCACCCGGCCAAGAGGAAUAACCGGUGGAGUGCAAUGGCAGGAUAUGUGAACAGACCAGGGCUUGAGAACUGGAAGGAAGCGUUAUCGAACAAUCGACACAGCUUGGACUCCAGACGGACGGAGCUACGGCCACCUUCAUCGCGUGAAUCACCGCGGAGAAGUCCAGGGCUUUCGCCUAGUCGGAGAUCGCACGACAGCAGGUCUCCGGAUCCCAGUUCUGGUUUUCAUAUUACACUCAUUCGACGAGAUCCUACGCAUGGAACGCAGUGGAAUGUAGCGACGAUCUCGACUCAGCGAUUGGAUGAAGGUGUGAUGGAUCUAGAGAUAUCGACGCCUGGAUACAACCGUUUCCUUGCGCAGGAUGAGCCGAUAUCUCUUGCAAGUCUGGGGUUGAAUACAGACAAGAUGAAUGGUCCAUCGUUUUCCGCACUCCAAGCCCUUCAGCAACAAGCUGAAUCGCAUGGACCUGUUCCGCAUAAUGACACCCCCAACGAUAACAGCUCACAAGAACCAGCCGGCCCAAAGAGGUUCCGUCGCAAGUUAUGCGUCUCAAGACCAUUACAAGACGAAGGACGAGGCUCAAUCGACCAACAAUCCGCACCACGUGGCUCCAUUGACAGCACCGGUCCCGGCAGUCCGCCACCAAAGCCGCAAAACGGAAGUCUAUCCAAGCUCAAGAGCGGCUACUACACCUUCAACUCGCCCUGGAAUGGUGUCUGCACAUUCUCAACGAGCGUGAAUGGCCGCAGUCUGAAAUGCAAACACAUGAUUCCUCUCCAGGCUCCUGCCGGUUUCUCCUCGACUUCCGCGCAGACAGUGGGCACUAGUCCAGCCAUGACAGUCGCCGAAAUCCGCUUCAACACACCCUUCCAACCCGGUCAUCUCCAUCACCAACCUAAUCCUACCCAUCUCUCCCCUUGGCAGCUCAGCCAAACAUCAACCUUUGCCAAUCCCCAUGCCGACCCCAACGACCAACCCUUAUCCACCGUCCCCGGCAACAACCCCCCAGAACAACAACCCCCACCACUCCAACCAACAACCACAAACCCAACCUCCAAACGCGCCUCCCUCGCCCAAAUCCUCAACCCCAACCGUCCCCGUGCCCACACCACCAACAACGCCCUAGGAAACGUAGGCCUAACCCGCAAACCCUCCACCGCCAGCACAGCCAGCAAAAGCAGCGAUGAUCCCGAUCGUUUAGAUUUCUCGCUUGCUCGUGAGCGUGCUGGUGGAGGGAUGCGGGGGAAGAGUGCUAAGUUGGGGAAAUUGGUGGUUGAGGAUGAAGGGAUUAAGAUGUUGGAUUUGGUAGUUGCGGCUUGUAUGGGGGUUUGGUGGAGGGGGUAUUAUUAUUGA